AUGGAUUUUCUCGAGAAAAAUCAAAAGAAGCAACUGGGUAAGGACUUUCAAAAUAUCGUUGUUAACGGUUGAUUCAAAUUCUACCUCCGGUUGCGUGUCUGUGUAACACAUUUAUCCUCUAUUUCCCCGCCAGGAUAUCUUAAUGAUGACGUCACACAUGCACGUGAUAAGAACGUGAUCGUGAUUGGUGGAGGCGAUACAGGGGUGGACUGUGUGGCGACGUGUGUUAGACAGGUACAGCUUUAAAACUCACUCAUCUCAGUAUUAAAACUGGAUAGUGCAUGUAAAAGCACUGACCCACCCUGUCAACUUUCCUUGUGGGAGGGAAGCGGAGCACCCGGAGAAAACCCACGACUUUCGGCAGAGCGUUGACAGACUCUUUUCACACGAGUCCGUAGCGAGAAUUGGACCCACGAUCGUGAAAGGCCUUUGCUCUGUGACUGCGCCAUACAAGCCCCACUUCAAGAUCACAUCAGUAUUACCUGCAAUUACAUAAAUGCUUUUCUCUCGCUGGGUUUCUGCUUAUCGUAGCUUACCAUUGGAACAAGAAUUCCUUCGAUGUUCAGACCAUGUUACUGAUUUGUUUCCAAUUUUUUUUAGAAUGCAAGAAAGAUUACGACAUUCGAAUUGCUUAAUGAACCACCUAAAAAUAGAACUGACGUAAACCCCUGGCCUCAGUGGCCACGUGUGUUUAGGAUUGAAUAUGGUCAUGAGGAG